AAGGCCAAACAGAUCCUGGACGCUGCCCUCCAGGACGGCUCCUUCCCACUGGGCUUUCUGAAGUCCAUGGCAGUAGGAGUGGCUCGCUCGGGGAAGACGCUCUCCAAGAAUCACGUCUUCAAAUUUGAUGUGCGACCCGAACUUCUCCGUUAGUACAGGAUUGUGUGAGGCUCCGAUCUUGGCCUUUCGACAGCUUACUUUGGAGCUGAUCAAAGCUUUGCCUUCUGCAGAGGGGUUCGAACUACUCAAGUACGAGGAUAUCAAUCAAUUUCUGGCUUACGUGGUUCGCAAGGGUUUGCUUAAAGGAAGGGUAGCGAAAGUGGUGAAAGAAAUGGUGCAGGCUGCUAGCAAAGGCUCCAGUUCAUCUGAUGGAAGUGAGGGUGUAGCUGCAAGUAGUGUAGGCACUGGUUCAGGUGAUAGUGCAGCCUCAACAGCUGUAGUCAGCAAAGUUGUGGCCAAGACUAAGGAAGAAAAGCCACUCUUCAAGCUGCAGAUAAUCCUGUUCCUGGACAGCGGAGGACAGCCUCAAUUCCACGAGGUCGUUGCAGCCUUCAGUCACAACGUGUCCCUCGUCCUGGUCUUCAUCAAGCUCAACGAGCGUCUGGAUGCUCUGUGCACCAAUGCCUUCACCGACGAGGAAGGAAAGUGGUUUACGGAGCAAUGCCCCUCACUGCUCACCAACGAGCAGAUGGUGGUCCAAUUUGUCCACACCAUGAUGUGCAAGCCCGUGACCGGCAGCGAAGGCAUGCACACCAGGUUCAUGGUGAUCGGCACUCACAGGGAUCUGAUGCACGAGUGCGACGAAACCCUGGCACAGAAGAACAAGAGGCUGGCCAGCCUGUUUCGACCGGUUCCGGAGGAAGACCUGGUCAUGAAUGGCAACGACAUCAUCUUUGCCGUCAACGCCAAGAAUCCCGACGAGAAUGACGACAAAUGCUUCGAUCUGAUCCGCGAGAAAGUGGCGGACUUGAGCGGGGCCCUGGAUGUGGAUACCCCGAUAGCGUUCCUCGUGUUGCUGAACGACGUGAACAAGUACGCGGAAGAGCAGAGAAAGAAGGUAGUGAGCAUGGAGGAAUUCCAGGCCAUCGCUGGGAGGCUGAAGAUGGAGCGACAGAGUCUGGAGGCUGCCUUGGUUUUCUUCAACCAGAUGAGCGUGUGGAUGUACGUGCCGUCGGUCCUCCCUGGUGCGGUGUUUGUCGACCCUCAGAUGCCACUGGACAGCAUAAAUCGAAUCGUCCAGUACAGCUUCCGGGUGGGGGGUGGUGCGAUUGCAGGGCUGGCUGCGAGCGAGUGUCGACUGUGGAAGGAAGGGGUGGUGAGCAGCGAGAUGCUGAAGGGAGAGGAGUUCCGUGGUUGCUUCGUGAGGGGUCUGUUUGAGGCAGGCGAUGCUCUGAAGCUGUUCGAGAAGCUUUACAUUGUAGCUCCUCUGAACGAGAGGGAGUUCAUAAUGCCUGCCAUGCUCCAGACGGUGGCAGAGAAGGAUAUGGAGCGAUAUGUGCCUGCCCCCAGUGAGCACGUGUCCCCUCUCUUUCUCCACUUCCACAUGUCCCGCAUCGCUAAAGGUGUGUUCUGCUCCACCCAUACCUGCAUGCGCUCCAAGUAUGGGUGGACCACGGCUUACACCAUGGUAAAAAGUAAGAUAGUUCCUGCUUGUCUCUUCCGCAAUGCCGUGCGGUUGCAGCAUCCGACAAAAGCAGUUGAAAUUACUCUUCUCCAUGCUUUGAAGCAUUUCGAAGUUCAUCUCGAUGCAUCGCAGGCCGACCUGCCCAUCAUCUGUCCAGAAAUCCGUGACAUGCUCAUGGAUGCAGUGGAUAGUGCAGCGAGUGCUUUCCGCUUCAAGAAUUCGCGAGCCUCUGUAGCCUUCCAGUGCCCCUGCAGCCCAGACGACGUGCACACAGCCACUCCAAAUGAAGCCCACUCCAACCUCAUCUGCACACUGACGGGGAAGAAAAUUCGAGGAGGCCUUACACCUGCUCAGAGGGUGUGGCUUGGACCACGAACUGCUCCAGGUGAGACUUCGGAUUGUGUGUGUGUGUGUCUUGUGUACACUCUGUUGUUUGAUUUAAGUCAGUGUUGAAACUGAUAAUAGUGUUUUCUCCUCUUUUCCACAGUCGCCGAGUCAGCUACAACUUCUCUCUCGACUAGUGAACCUGUGUCGUCUCUCACUGACCCUCCCUCCCCGUCCUCUCCGUCUUCCAGAAUGGAUGAGAGACCAAAGCUGAAGGAGUUGUAUUCGUUCCCCACAAUGUCGGGCGCCACCAUUGACGUGAGGGAGAAGGUGGGGUCAAAGUUCGAGGACUUGGGUCUAGAUCUACUGGAUGACGACGAUGGCUCCCUGGUGGACCAGAUAGCGGCCGACUGCCACCACAAGUCAGCCGAGACCGUCGCCGAGAUCUUCAAGAGAUGGCUGAGGGGGAAAGGGAAGCAGCCGGUGACCUGGAGAACUCUGACGGACUCUCUCAAGUCCAUUGGUCUCUCUCCCCUGGCCUCCUCCAUUGAACACUCUCUCACCAGUAGUUCAUGAUGAACUCCUCGUGUCUUCAUCAUGGCUACCUUCCUUUCUCCACUCCUCCCAAUUCCUCUCACUCUGUAUCAAUUUUGUAAGGGCACCCAGCGGUAGUCUUCAUCAUAACCAUCUCUCUCAUCUCCUCUUUUCUCUCUCACUCUUUCCAAUGCCUUUCCCUGACAUAAUUACAUCACCAUAUUUUAUGUUCAAUUUGUGAUAAUUGUGGUUUUCUCUUCUCCUGUCUUUUUACCACCCUGUAAAUCUCUUUUUUGCACACGUGACAUGGCCAUAUGUUCUAUACUCACUUUCUUAUCUUCACUUCACUUAUUUUCUCACCCUCUCAUUUUGUACGCUCUCUUCUCAUUUUUGUACGGGUCAUUAUAAAGCAC